AUGGCCAGUAACCCUACGACUACUACGGCAUGCACCCGCGGUUUGCUGAAAGGUCUCGGCGCUAAACUGCACGCAUGCGCGGCGCGCUUGCGCAACCAACUCUUCUUCCCCGCCUCCACCGCUUCAUCGGUCUUGCUGUCCGCCCUCGCCUUGCUUGUCUGCGGCACCGCUCUCUCGAGGGUCGUCGUCUUUUUCCUGCCGCUGGUGGUCUCCACCACCAUCUGCUGCGCGGCGAUGUACCUGCUCGUCGCCUCGGGGUCGUCGGAGGGAGGGGCGGCGAAAGAGGUCGUGCUCCUGUGGGGAGACAGGGUGGAGGUCGGGCUCCUGGAGGUGUACGGCGGCGCGAACGCGAGCGCGUACGGCGACAGGCGCGACGUCCAAGUGGGCUGUUUCCUGCACCGCACGUCCCCUAGCGGCGACGGCGGGUGGAAGAAACUUGGCGUCGACGAGAACGGCGAGGAGGUGGUGUUUGCCGGCAGGGUGGCGGUCGGCGGCAGCGUGCAGGACGGCGCGGCGCUCGAGGAGGAGCUGGUGGCUAUCCAGGUGGACAGGUUGGCCGAGGGCGUGUGGGAGCGCUACUUCGGCGGGAGCUCCGGGUGGAACUACGUGACCGCUGAGCGUGAGGAGAUCGACCGAAGCAUCGAGCAGCUAGCGUAA